AUGGCUUUGGCUCAAGAUAUUGGUUCCAAUGUUGGGAGCCUGAUAUUCAGUACAUUUUCAAGCGACUUUAAAAAGAAGAACUUUUCAUUAUACGGUCAAUGGAUUGCACUUUUUACUGUUUUCCUUUGUCUUGCCCUAGGAAUUGCCAAUAUAUUUCAUUUUAAUUUGGUGAUUAUUUUUUCUAUUAUUUGUCUUAUUCAAGGUUUAGUUGUUAUUGUCGUUGAGAUUCCCUUCUUGUUACGUAUUUGUCCAUUUACUGAUAAAUUCACCAACUUUAUUCGUGCUUUUGAUAACAAUUUACCUCGUUGUGGGUUUUAUCUUUUGUUGGGAGUCAUUCAAUGGUUGUCGUUGACUCUUCAGGCCACUUCAUUAAUAGUGGUUGCUGUAUUCUUUACCCUUGCUUCUGCUUGUUAUGGAUUGGCUGCUUUGAAGCAUCAAGAUUUUAUUAAGUCUUCGUUCCAAAGCACCCAAGCAGCUAACGAUCUUGAAACUCAAAUCGGUAACUCCGUUACUAGAAAUGUGUUAUAG